AUUCAAACAAGGGAACUCUCAUCACUAAAGUGACAGCUGAAAGCCGAGACAGAGGCAUACCGAAUGAUAUUGGUUAUGAAAUUAUUAAUGAUUCUUGUUCAGCCUUUUCUAUUUCCAAUAACAGUGGUGAAAUCAGAAUUGAAUCUGAUAAUCUUGACCGAGAAGAUCCUGUAAUUGAUAAACUGAAUGGCGUCUGUACUGUUGAAAUAAAGGCUUAUGAAAUAAAAAAUAACCAAAAAGGUGAUAGUGUCACGAAAAACAUCACAAUAUUUGUAGAAGAUGUGAAUGACAAUGAUCCCUUGUUCAAUAAAAAAUCUUUUACUGCAAAGGUCAAUGAAAAUACUACAAAGGAUAAUCCAGUAACAAUAAAUGAGAUUAUAACUGUAAAAGACGAGGAUACGGUGGAGUACAGUAAAUUCAGUCUUAGCUUGAAAACUUUGGAUGGUAAACCAUUCACUGCUCUUAAAGUUAUUCCAGUAGAAUCAGUAAUAGAAACAACUAUAGCUCUGAGUGUUAAUAAUCCUGAUGAACUUGAUUAUGAAAAGGAAAAACAAAUGACAUUUAAGAUUGUUGCUGAAGAUAAAGCUUCAUCUAAAGCCAGUGAAGCUAAUGUUACUCUAGAAAUAUUGCCUGUGGAUGAAUUUCUUCCCCAAUUUUCUCAGCAAAAAUAUCAAGUAAAUGUCUCUGAAGAUAAAACUGUUGGUAAUCUGAUCACCAUAACUGCUACUGAUGAUGAUUCAGGCAAAGAUGGAGAAGUGACAUAUGCAAUAUUUGGAGACAAUAGUUUCACUAUAGACAGCAAAAGCGGUACUAUAUCAGUCUCAAAGAAGCUGGAUUAUGAAAAAGUAACUUUUUAUAGUUUACUUGUUGAAGCCACUGAUGGAGGUAAUCGAAAAGCGACUGUUGAUUUAGAUGUUUUUGUGAAGGGCAUUAAUGAUAAUGCCCCUAUAUUCAGACCAAAAUUCUAUACUGGACUUCUGAAAGAGGGCAAAACCAGUUUUGAGUAUGAAAUCACUGUUCAAGCAACUGAUGCUGAUAAAGAGAAUUCAGGUAAUUCUCAAGUAAAAUAUUCAAUAGUAAAUGCUAGUCAAAGCCUUUCAAACAGUUUUUCCAUAAAUGCACAAAAUGGAAUUAUUACUCCAUCAAAUAUAGAUUAUGAAAGCCUGACUCAUAAUGUCAUCCAGUUAGUAGUCAAAGCUGAAGAUAAUGGUAAACCAGUCAAGGAAGAUACUGCCAUUGUUAAUAUCACUGUAUUGGAUGUAAAUGACAAUGGGCCUCAGUUCCAAGAAAGUUUUUACAAUAUAUCAAUAAAGGAAGAUUUAACUGAAGAUAGUUGGCUUUUAAACAUUACUGCAAAAGAUAAUGAUAAGACAAGUCCAUUCAAUCGGGUGAACUUCCGUCUAAAAACACAAACCAGUGUCUUUCGCAUAAAUUCAGAGGAUGGAAGUAUUUUUCUCAGCAGUAAAUUAAACCAUGAAGAUAAAUCCUUUUACAAUCUCACCGUUCUUGCCACUGACGGAGGAACUCCAUCUAAAACAGCCACUACUGAAGUAAAUGUCAUUGUAGAAGACGUUAAUGAUGAAACACCAGAACUGAUACUGGGUAAAACAAAUAUAGAACUUUAUGAAAACAUAACCGUUAAUUCUUAUAUUACUUCAAUAAAAGCUACAGACAAGGACUUGAAUAGUAAGCUGAUUUUCAAUAUUUCACAAGAGACAAUUGAAAUAAAUGGAAAAGGAAGAGAAGUCAAUAAAAAUACUAUCGUGGUAAGACAUUUUUGGAUUUUUUUGCUUGAAAUAGAACUUGUUUUUCAGAAUGUUUAG